AUGCCUACCAGUGAUAUCGAUGGUGAGUCUUUACCCAGUUAUGCUUCUCAAAAAGCCGUUUUGAAGUCGGAAAAGCAACGACUGACUCGGCGGCUAACCAGUCUAAAAAAGCAAGUGGUAGACUCAAAGGAGAAGGUAGAGAAACCCCUCUCCAGCGCCCUUAUUCUUGAAGGACGCAAUCAAGUGAAUGCUUCGUUGAAAGUAUUGCGUGAACAAACACAUUUGGCCAAAUCCUUCAUUGAAUUGCAAGACAUCCCAGAUGGGGAUAUUGAGACAGAGGUGGAGAGUGUCAUGCAGGCACUUGACGAUUAUGAGGCCAAGGUGGAAGAAGUCCUAAUUGAGUGCCAGGCGGCCUUAUACGCUCUUAAUUGGCACGGCCAAGAUUCUGGGUCAACCUCAGCCCAGCGAGACUUGCAGUCAUUUUUGACUAAAAAUAAUGCCAAACUUCCAGCUAUAACAUUGGAAAAAUUUUCUGGUAACAUCAUGAAGUUCCAGAAGUGGUGGGACACCUUUAAUUCCGCUGUGCACAGGAGACAAGACCUGGACGAUGCACAGAAGUUCUCUUAUCUUCUCUCCUAUCUUAGUGGCAAGGCGGCUGAUUCAAUUUCUGGUUUCAGUCAAGAUGAGAGAAAUUACAACGCAGCGGUGGAUAGGAUUCAUCAACGUUUUAACAAAAAAAGAGAAACGAUUGCUUCAAUCAUUAGGGAUAUUUUGAAGCACCCAAUGGCCACAAAAAACGUGGAGCAAGUACCAGCCACAGUGGUCAACGUGGAUGGACUACUCUCUUCUUAUGCUGAGCUAAAACACAAGGCUAAGAAACAGGAAUGCAACCGUACCUCUGAGGGAGGUUUUGGCUUUGAAACCAACGAUUUUGAGUUCCUGGCAAGAGCUUAA